UUGAAGUGCAGUCCGAGUCAGAAUCUUACCAGAGAAUGCUCAAGCUCAUUGUGUUUUUCGCCUUGUUGAGUGAGGGCCUGACCGCCACGGUCAUUUACCAUCACCCAGUGAUCUAUCAUCAUCCCGCGGCAGUUGCCUCCUCACGCCAGGAGCUGAACCAACAUCCUGGCUACACCGUUGUAGCACCUCUCACCAAGAUUGCCCACGUCACCUACGAUUCCGUGCCCAUUUCACACACGCCCUACGAACAUGUUCCGCUCUUUCAGAGAAUUGGUCAUAUCAAGCACAAGCGGUUUUAGCAGAAAUUCAAACAUAUAAUAUAUGAAAUGUAUAUUAAGUUAUGUGUAAAAAGAUAAAAACACGAAAUA